AUGGGGGCUUACACCUAUGUCUCGGAGCUAUGGAGGAAGAAGCAAUCGGAUGUGAUGAGGUUUUUGCUGAGGGUGAGGUGCUGGGAGUACCGCCAGCUUCCUUCCAUUGUGCGAGUCACUAGGCCCACACGCCCUGAUAAGGCCCGCCGCUUGGGUUACAAAGCCAAGCAGGGUUAUGUUGUCUAUCGUGUACGUGUAAGGCGUGGUGGACGGAAGAGACCAGUUCCUAAGGGUAUUGUUUAUGGCAAGCCCACAAACCAAGGUGUCACUCAGCUGAAAUUUCAACGAAGCAAACGUUCAGUUGCAGAGGAACGGGCUGGCAGGAAACUUGGUGGUCUUAGGGUUCUCAACUCUUAUUGGAUCAAUGAGGAUUCAACUUACAAGUACUAUGAGGUAAUCUUGGUUGAUGCUGCCCAUGCUGCAAUCCGCAAUGACCCGAGGAUCAACUGGAUCUGCAACGCUGUUCACAAGCACAGAGAGCUUCGUGGUCUUACCUCUGCUGGGAAGAAAUACAGGGGUCUUCGUGGAAGGGGACACUUGCACCACAAGGCACGACCUUCAAGAAGGGCUACGUGGAAGAGGAACCAGACUCUCUCCCUCCGUCGCUACCGAUGAUCUUUGUCAUAUUAUUUGGUCCUAUUGUCUUUCCAGUUUUGUUAUCUGUUGGAUUGUUAGUUCUGUUGGGACUACAAGAUUCCUGUCAUCAUCUUGGUCAAAUCAAACUUGUUUAAAUUUACCGAGUUCAGGAUAUUGAGUAAUGUGCUUGUAGUUUGGGAUAUUAUAUCACAUGAGCUUCUUCACUUUUACUAUUGGAUUGCUUUGUUGGAAUCUCCAUGAAAAAGGGGCAACUUUUGUGUAGUUUGUGAUCAGAUGUAACUGUUAUGAUUUUCUGUUGAAUAAAUCUUUCUCUUAAUAGGUCUCUUCUUAGUCGUCAAAUCUUU